AGUGAGACGGUAUAAUUGAUUACAGUGUAACAGUGAUCAAUAUUAGUGUAGAGUAUUAUGUUUAAAGCUACUCGUUCGCAGACGGUAUGAAAAAUGUAAAUAUGUUAACACAUUUUUUUUUAAAUAAAAUAUGUAAUAAGAUACUUGUAAAAUAAGAAAAUAUAUAGUCUGGGAAGGUAAGAAAAUAUAUAGUAAGAUAAGAUUAUUUAUGCUUCUCUGCGUAUGCUAUUCACUGAAACAUAUUUUAAAAUUGUAUAACAUACAAUCCUUGUAUUACGCCCCAGAAAUUUGAUAUAUAUACUGUAUAUUACGGUGAAUAUAAAAAUGUAAGCUGUUAUGUUAAAAUGUACUCGAUCAAAGUCAUAAAAACUGAUGCAUGUACGAAUGCAACUAAAUCUUCGAACGAGACGCUUUAAAGUAUUGGCGAUUACGUGACUCAUGUUAUUUUUAGUAACUACUUAAUAUCGAUUGCUACCUUCUGUAGAACUCUCACGGAGCCUGGUUAAAGAAUUAUACUUUUCAAUUAACAUUCACCUUUAACGUGAGAGUAUGCAACAGGCAUUGCUGAAUGUAUGGAGUAUUUAUAAUUCAACGAUGCGAUAAUGACUUUAAGAUCUGUUUUGUAAAUGAUCGCGCAAGAGAUUAACACAAUCGCGCAAGAGAUUUUUAAAGCUAUUUCACACUCCUUUAUUUGUAUUACAGGUCUGACAGAAAAAAAACGCAUGUGUGUUAAAUAGAGUUAUUGUGAAAAUGGAUUAAAACAAAAUAGUGCGGCAACUUGCCAACAACGUGUAUUAUACAUUUGUGUUAACUCAAUAAGUUAAUUAUUAGAGGUGAUUAAAACGAAUACAAUGUAUUCAACCAUUCCAAAACAGUGGAGAAGUGACUUUAACAGUAACGUCACCAUAGAGGAAGUAAACGCUGCUCUCGUUAAACUCCAUAUUCCAACCAUUGUGCUGAUAUCAAUAUUUAUGUGCGUCGGUGUAUUCGGAAAUAUAUUAGUGUUAAUUAUCUACACGAAUUACAAGUCAUCUACUUACAAAAGUUUUAUUAUUUGGCUUGGAUGGAUGGAUUUACUGGCGUGUUUGGUGGGCAAGCCGGCACUCAUCAUCAGCAUGUUAUAUCCGUAUAUAUCGCCGUCAGAGAUCCUCUGUAGAUGGUCAAGGUCUCUCCAUGUGUUUGUUAGCGUUAGUGCCGCCUUGAUAUUUUUAGCAAUUUCUUAUGAAAGAUACAAAAAGAUCUGUUUUAUGGAUAUGCACCAACUGAGUUACAAAAGAGUCAACAUUAUAUGUCUUGUGGCAGCAAUAUCAGCAUGUAUAGUGGCCGUUCCCGCACUGUUUAUUUUUGGGGACGCGGAUGUAGACACCGGAAUACAAAAUAUCACUGGUGUGGAAUGUUUUAUUGACCAGAAGUAUAAAACUUCGUAUUUCCCGAAACUGUACUUUCUUUUUCAACUUUUACUCUGCUUAAUUUCGUUUUUCACGAUGUGUAUAUUCUACUUCCGGAUAUGGAGGACAUUACGAUGGCAUCGAACGUUCGUUCACGAACACACAUAUAUACCAAGUACACACGGAUGUAACGGUCCACAGCAUAAUGGAGACAACAAAUCAAGCUCCAAGAAUUUUCUCAUGACAAAAUUAAGAAAGGGAGACGAUAAAGACGCUUUAGAAGAAGUGGCAAAAGUAGAGACAAGAAACACACAAGAACAGUUAGAGACAGGUGCAACAAACACUGCUGAAUUUUCUGCUGUAGGAAAUUAUGAUUUGAAAGAUUCUCAGGAAAACCUUCAUAAAUCGCAAAGAAGCUUACUGUCAUCACAGGCAAACGAAAGGUACAUACAGGAUCAAAAUAGGCAUACAAAAGAAAUAACUAAAAUGUUGUUUAUUGUAACAGUGGUGUUUAUUUUAGCUUUUCUGCCUCACCUUGUACUCAUGUUAAUGAACGCUGUACGACCGCAGACUUUGAGGGAACUGUCACCUGCAGGCGUUGUUGUUUACACGUUUUUCCUGAGAACCUUUGUCAUCAAUAAUAUGGCAAAUCCUAUCGUGUACUUUGUUUGUCUUGGAACAUUUCGCUCUAUGUGCUUUGAUAAAUUCAGCAAAAUAUGCCGAUGCUUUAAGAACACAAACAACGGAACUGGGAAAUAAUAUUUAACUGCAAAAUCAGCACGAGGCUUUAGCGACGCUGAUAAAACAAAGGCUGCAAUAAUGUAUAACGAGAAACAAUAUUGACAUUAAUUAUAAACUGUGCAAUGUUUUAACAUACUCAAUCUUUCGUGUGCAAUAUUUGUAUAUGUCCAAUAAAAUGUGUUUUAUUU